CGUAUUGUAAACAGUGUAGUUACUCCAGGAAGAGUGCGGUUAUGUGUUUCGCUCAAGUGUAUAUUUGUAUGCCGUUGUGAUUAUAGUCUUUGAUUGUUAACGGUUAACAACUUUAACAAAUUAUCCUCGUCUCUUCAGAAUACUUUAUUGCAGUUUAUGAAUGCACUUACAGUACUUUUUAAUAAUUAGUUAAUCGAGGCGAGGAAGAUUUGUUUAUUUCUCGUCGACGUGACGCUCGAUUACAAAAUCAAAAGUAUCUACUAGAGUGGACGCCGGCGCCUCGGGCAUUGACGAUACAGCAUACAUCAAAUCAGAUGCUGAUUUAGGCGCAGUUUGCCAGCAGUUCUCGGGACAAGGAAGAAGUUCUCUGUAUUUUGACAGUGAAUUGCCGGACAUGCCUGAAGCUUGGGGUUUUUAUUCUUAGUCAAUGCAUGGGAUGGUUUACUCUUAAGAGCCAAAGAUAAAAAUUGUCAGGUUACUGAGAAUCACAUUCAUGAAGAAAAAUGUUUAAUUUUUUUGGUCUUCGUAAAGAAACUACUAAGAGGUUGACUCCAGAGAAGGAAACAGAUGGAUUUGUCUUAAUUGGUGAAACUGCAGAAGAACAGCAUGGAAAGUUGACAAACACAAAUAUUGUUCAACAAGAAACAAAUACAUCUUCAUGGCCAGGAGCUGUCAACAAUGACCAGCAUAAACAGACUACAGAAGGCGCACCGCUCUCCUCAGAUGUCCUUGCUGAUAUACCUUUCACAUUGGCACCACAUGUCUUAGUACUGCAGACAAGCUUUCCUGAUCUUCCACAUGCACUUCUCUUACAAGAUAUGAAUGAAAAUCUGGCUAAAUAUGAAUAUGACUUUUCUCUAGAAAACACUGUUCUUUAUGAUUCUUAACAGUUCUAAGUUUUUUUCUGCAUUAUUAUUGUGUCUAGUUAAUCAGCACAAAAAUAUUAAGUGAUGAUUCAAAAGGAUUUUAACAUAAAGUGUACUUCUUCAUCAACAAGCUGUUAACAAAUAAAGUAUUCUUGCAAAUUAGAUCAAGUGUCAGGAGCUCCAUCAUUCAUUAAGUUAGAUUUUCCUUAAUUUACAUAUUCAGAAGCUGACCUGGUGUCAGAUUAUUUUUUUGCAUGCCUUCAUCAACCUUCAAAAGAAUAUUUCAUUUUAUGAUACAAAUGAAUCAUUAUGCCACUCUGAGGAUGAAAAACCACUGUAAAUCAGCUUUGUAGGCCAUUCCCACUGUGCUUGUCACUGAAAGAUUAUUUAUUUUGUAUUUAUUUUUUGGAAAGCAAAAUAAUAUUAACAGAAUUAAUUUACCCAAAUUUACCAUGGCUUGUUUUACACGUUUUGUACAAACAGUGCUCAGUCCAGGUCUACUUCCUGCCAUGUUGCCUGAUUGGCCAUGUGACCCUUAAAUGUAUUAAGCGCGUUAGAAAAACAGAUGGAUAGAUAUUUGAAUACAAAGGGAAACCAAAGAUGCUGAUAAAGUAUGUGUGUAUUUGUGUGUACAGGUAUGUUUGCUGUAUAUAUGUGUAACAUUUAUACAUAAUUAUAUCACUAAACAUGAUUUACUGUAUAUGUAUUUUCACAUUCAUACAAAUUGGAAGACUGAAAUCUGACACUGAAUUUACAACUGAAAUAUAGUGUUUAUACAUUUUCUAACUUCAGAUAUUCUAAAAUGUGUUACAUUUAUGUUGCAUAGUUACAUUUUUAUGAUAAAAUGUAGUUCUUUUACUCUGAUUUGCUUUUAAAUUUCCAGUUAGACAACACAAAAUAUCUUUGCUAAUUGUUUUAAUUCCUUCUAUUUGAACAUUUGUAGGUUACUGUGCCAAUACCCAUAAAUCUGUGGCAGAAGAAUAUUUAAUAUCUGUAUAGCUGUAUGAUGAACACACAAGUUAGUAGAAAUGUAACACAACUUACUGCAACUGCAGUCUGCUCAGAAUGUGGAUAAGGAUUUAGUGAAAAUGAAGGGUUCAUAGUGACAAUGAAUACUGGAGCUGUCUUUUAAAGAUAACAGAUGUACUGUAUCUAAGUUUUCAGAAAAUACUAUCACAAUGUCUUUAGAAACAACUGACAGUUGUGGAUUAUGCAUUUGAUAUGGAUAGUGGUUCAGUUUGGGGGUGAAUAUAAUGCUCUUUGAAGGAAUAAAAGACAUAAAAAAAGAUUUUUCACUUUUGUGGUUGGGUCCUUUAACAUGUUCAGGUUGUCUCAGUACUCUUUUACAUUAUUUCCAUCUUUGCAAUAAAACAGUCUUUUGACAGUUUUAAGCUUAAGACAGUAAGCUUUGCAUUUCUUUUUUAAUAAAGCACUUCAGCACUGGGAAAAUACAGUGUUAAAUAUCCUGAUUUUCUUUCAUAAUUUUAAAUGCAUUAUUGACUAAAACACUUGAGGUGUUGAAAGGGGUUUAAUGGUUUGGUAUCUACUCAUCCAAAACUGUAAAAUGUUCCUAGAAUUUAAAUUGUUAUACCUACUGUAUAAAUUUAUUGAAUAUGUUGGAGGAAGUUGGUGGACUGUAAAAAAAUCACUGAGUGGUUGAUUGUAAAUGGUGUUUGCAGAUGACUAUAUAAAUACUAAAGGAAGUUCUUGAUGCAGUAGAAUUAUGUUUACAUUGUGACACUUUUUUAUUCUGCAGGAGAAUGAUUAUUCAAAAUUAUAUUUGUGUUCUGUUUAUUGAAAUGAGUGUUUACCAUAAAGUAAAAGUUGUUUCAUUGUUUUCAUGGUUGUAUGUUGUGCAUAUCAUUCUUUAUUGAGCAGUUUUAAUCUUGUUCAGGUUUGGAUCAUACUGAAACUUUGAUUUCCAGCAAUAAAACUAAAUAUCAGUUAAAGACGGGUAUGUGUUAAUUAACCAAGUAUUUUGUAUUGUCUGCCAACAAUGCUACCUUACAUGUAUGAAAGUAAAGUAGAAUGGCAAUUUAAACAAAACCAGCUUGAUGUAGCAUAAAAAAUUGGGACUGUUUCUGGAUAAAUAAAAAGUGUGAUUGUGUAA